AUGCAAAGUCCUGCCUAUGUGGACCUUCCUUUUAGUGCGGGAGAGAUAGGAAAUAAAAUGAAACACAGAGUACAUUUGAUGGGGAUAAGAACUUUGGAGAAGAAUGGAGUGGAGAAAGGCGAUGGAGGAAGUAGUGGAAGGAGUGGGGUGGAGAGGGUUGCUAUCGUAAAUAAGGUGGUAAUGGAUGGCCUCACUGAGAAGCCAUAUAAGCACAGACGUGAAGGAGCAGAGGCACUCUUCUCCUGUGCUUCCAUGUCUCAUGCAUCUGAUGUCAGUGAGUCAGCGCUGUGUCGAGGGAAGAACCAGGACUUGAAGGGGCUGGAUCUCCUGACUAGUUCUGUGACCUUGAGUGAGUUCUGGAACUGCUUUGGCCUCUGCAUCCCCAUUUGUAAGUUACCCAUGGUCAAACAGUCAACAGAUGAUCUGCCUUCUGACCUUCAGAAUGUCAGUAGUAGCCUAACACUACGUUACAGAGCCUACAGAGCUUACGUCACUCACCUCGCUUCAUCAUCACGUAGACGUUUUAUCAUCUCACAUCAUCACAAGAAGACAUCAAGUUCUCUAGGCCUCCGUAAGCAGAAACUGCACAAAAUCAACUUUCUGUUCUUCCGUGUCCACCAUCUUUAUCUUAUCUCUGAACCUUUGCCAAGGCUGUUUUCUGCAACUCUCUUCACCGAAUUCUUUGAAGUCCUUCAAGGAUUGAAAAAACGUACAAGGAAGGCCUUUGGAAUACGGAAGAAAGAAAAGGACACUGAUUCGACAGGUUCACCAGAUAGAGAUGGAAUUCAGGGGAAAAAAAAGACCCAGAAGACUCAGCUUCUCCUCACCUCUUGCUUCUGGCUCAGAGCCCUCUCGUUAACUCUGUCUCAGCAGCCCAGCCCACAUGAACCACCCUACAAUAACAAAGCAGAGUGUGCGCGUGAAGGAGGAAAAAAAGUUUCGAAGAAAAGUAACGGGGCACCAAAUGGAUUUUAUGCAGAAAUUGAUUGGGAAAGAUACAACUCCCCUGAGCUGGAUGAAGAAGGCUAUAGCAUCAGACCCGAGGAACCCGGCUCUACCAAAGGAAAGCACUUUUAUUCUUCGAGUGAAUCGGAAGAGGAAGAAGAAUCACACAAGAAAUUUAAUAUCAAGAUUAAGCCAUUACAAUCUAAAGACAUUCUUAAGAGUGCUGUGACCGUGGAUGAGCUGAAGGCAUCGAUAGGCAACAUUGCACUUUCCCCAUCACCAGUGAGGAAAAGUCCGAGGCGCAGCCCGGGUGCAAUUAAAAGGAACUUAUCCAGUGAAGAAGUGGCAAGACCCAGGCGUUCCACACCAACUCCAGAACUUACGAGCAAAAAGCCUCCAGAUGACACUACGGCCCUUGCUCCCCUCUUUGGUCCUCCAUUAGAAUCAGCUUUUGAUGAACAGAAGACAGAAGUUCUUUUAGAUCAGCCUGAGAUAUGGGGUUCAGGCCAACCAAUUAAUCCAAGCAUCGAGUCGCCAAAGUUAACAAGGCCUUUUCCCACUGGAACACCUCCACCACUGCCUCCCAAAAAUGUACCGGCCACCCCGCCCCGAACAGGUUCCCCGCUAACAGUUGCACCAGGAAAUGACCAGUCAGCCACAGAGGUCAAAAUUGAAAAACUACCAUCAAUCAAUGACUUGGACAGCAUUUUUGGCCCAGUGUUGUCCCCCAAGUCUGUUGCCGUUAAUGCUGAAGAAAAGUGGGUCCAUUUUUCUGAUACGUCCCCGGAACAUGUUACUCCAGAGUUGACUCCAAGGGAAAAGGUGGUGUCCCCACCAGCUGCAUCAGACAACCCAUCUGACUCCCCAGCUCCAGGCCCCCCGGGCCCUCCAGGCCCCCCAGGCCCCUCAGGACCCCCUGGUCCUCCUCGCAAUGUACCAUCGCCGCUCAAUUUAGAAGAAGUCCAGAAGAAAAUCGCUGAGCAGACCUUCAUUAAAGAUGAUUACUUAGAAACAAUCUCAUCUCCCAAAGAUUUUGGGUUGGGACAGAGAGCAACCCCACCUCCCCCACCACCACCCACCUACAGGACUGUGGUUUCAUCCCCUGGACCUGGCUCGGGCAGUGGUACGGGGACCACCAGUGGUGCAUCAUCCCCUGCUCGACCAGCCACUCCCUUGGUUCCUUGCAGUAGCACCACCCCUCCACCGCCUCCUCCCCGGCCUCCAUCUCGGCCAAAGCUACCUCCAGGAAAACCUGGAGUUGGAGAUGUGCCCAGACCUUUUAGCCCUCCCAUACAUUCUUCCAGUCCUCCUCCGAUAGCACCCCUUGCCCGAGCUGAAAGUACUUCUUCAAUAUCGUCCACCAAUUCCCUGAGUGCAGCCACCACUCCCACAGUUGUGUCAGAAGAUGAUGUUUUUUAUGACAAACUGCCCUCGUUUGAAAGGCGCUGUGAAACGCUGGCAGAGAAUGAACAGCCUUCCCUCGUUUGGUUUGACAGAGGAAAGUUUUAUUUGACUUUUGAAGGUUCUUCCAGGGGACCCAGCCCCCUGACCAUGGGAGCCCAGGACACCCUCCCCGUUGCGGCGGCAUUUACAGAAACAGUCAAUGCCUACUUCAAAGGAGCAGAUCCAAGCAAAUGUAUCGUGAAGAUUACUGGAGAGAUGGUGUUGUCUUUUCCUGCCGGCAUCACCAGACACUUUGCCAACAAUCCAUCGCCAGCUGCUCUGACUUUUCGGGUGAUAAAUUUCAGCAGGUUAGAACACGUCCUGCCAAAUCCCCAACUUCUCUGCUGCGAUAAUACUCAAAAUGAUGCCAAUACCAAGGAAUUCUGGGUAAACAUGCCAAAUUUGAUGACUCACUUAAAGAAAGUGUCGGAACAAAAACCCCAGGCUACAUAUUAUAACGUGGACAUGCUCAAGUAUCAGGUGUCUGCCCAGGGCAUUCAGUCCACACCCCUGAACCUGGCAGUGAACUGGCGGUGUGAGCCAGCAAGCACUGACCUGCGCAUAGAUUACAAAUACAAUACGGAUGCAAUGACAACUGCGGUGGCCCUCAACAACGUGCAGUUCCUGGUCCCCAUAGAUGGAGGGGUAACCAAGCUCCAGGCCGUUCUCCCACCAGCAGUCUGGAAUGCUGAACAACAGAGAAUAUUGUGGAAGAUUCCUGAUAUUUCUCAGAAGUCAGAAAAUGGAGGGGUGGGUUCUUUAUUGGCAAGAUUUCAGUUAUCUGAAGGCCCAAGCAAACCUUCCCCAUUGGUUGUGCAGUUCACAAGUGAAGGAAGCACCCUUUCUGGUUGUGACAUUGAACUUGUUGGAGCAGGGUAUCGGUUUUCACUUAUCAAGAAAAGAUUUGCUGCAGGAAAAUACUUGGCAGAUAACUAA